GCUGCGUACAGACAGUUGCAAUUAUAGGGCCAAUAUUUGGCUUUCUUCUAGGAUCACUGUGCGCCAAACUUUAUGUUGACAUUGGCUUUGUAGAUCUGGACAGUGUAACAAUAACUCCGAAGGACACGCAGUGGGUGGGAGCCUGGUGGCUGGGGUACUUAAUAGCAGGUGUGAUUAGCAUUCUGGCUGGCAUCCCCUUCUGGUUCCUGCCAAAGCACCUCCCAAAAACAGAGAGCAGAAAGGACUCCAGUACCUCCUCCGAGCAGUCAAAGUUCAUCACUGAGGAUAACAAGGACCAACACAAAUCUUAUCAGCAACCAGCGAAGAUUGCUGAGAUGGCAAAAGACUUUUUGCCAUCACUGAAGAACCUCUUUGGGAAUCCAGUUUACAUUCUGUAUUUGUGUGCAAGUAUCAUUCAGUUCAAUUCUUUAAUUGGCAUGGUGACAUAUAAACCAAAGUAUAUUGAACAACAGUAUGGGCAAACAUCUUCAAAAACUAAUUUUGUUAUAGGUAAUGUCUUAUCAAUGGCCUUUGGCAUAUUCUCUGGGGGACUGAUCAUGAAAAAAUUCAGAAUCAAUGUUUUAGGGGCUGCAAAACUCUCUCUGGGAUCAUCUUUCUUUGGUUACCUUUUGCUCCUCUCAUUAUAUGCGAUGGGCUGUGAGAACUCGGACGUGGCUGGACUGACCGUGUCAUACCAUGGAACUAAACAGCUGACUGAUUACGAGCAAGCCCUGUUUUCAGAAUGCAAUUCGGGCUGCGCAUGUUCCAAAAACGACUGGGACCCCAUCUGUGGGGCAAACGGAGUUACCUACAUUUCUGCUUGUCUUGCUGGCUGCCAGGCAUCCAACGGCAGUGGGAAAAACAUUGUAUUUUUUAACUGCAGCUGUGUGGGAAUAUUGGAAUCCCCUUCACGAAGCUCCUCAGCUGUGGUGGGACCAUGUCAAAAAGGAAAUGAGUGUCCAAAAAUGUUUCUGUAUUUUCUAGUAAUAUCAGUUAUCACUUCAUAUACUUUGUCAGUAGGUGGCACACCUGGAUACAUACUGCUUCUAAGAUGUAUUAAACCACACUUGAAAUCAUUUGCACUUGGUAUUUAUACCCUGGCAAUAAGAGUACUUGCGGGAAUUCCAGCCCCAGUAUACUUUGGAGUGGCCAUUGAUACGACUUGCCUGAAAUGGGGAAGCAAAAGAUGUGGGGGAAGAGGAGCAUGCAGACUCUAUGACUCCAGUGCACUCAGGUAUGUGUACCUGGGGCUGACUUUGGUGUUGGGCACGGUGUCCAUUUUCUUCAGUGUUGCUGUCCUUUGGGUUCUCCGGAAAAGGUCUUCUCCACAAGAUGAGACCGUCCCAGCCAAUGGGGAGAGAGGCGCCUGUGGAACAAAGAGCAGGAAAGAUAAUUUUGUCAAUAGUGACCAUUUAAUUCAGACAACUUACUGGCCAGAAAAGGAGACUAGACUUUAG